AUGGCCGGGCUCCAGGCGGCCACUGUGUCUAAUCAAAAAGUUCCUCGAAAACGCAAGCGAAAACUUGCCUCACCUGCGAGGGAUGAGCCUCAAGUAGAAAAUGUCGAUAAUGGACCUGCCACCACAACCUCGAUCCCAACUAAGAGUCAAGAUGGUGGCAAGAAGCCUCGCAGAACGAAAGCCACAACCAAUAAGCCGCCGAUGCUCCGGCAUAACUCGUCCACAAAGCUUGUCGAGACAACCAUACCGUGGCCUGAGCAUUUCAAGCAGCUUUCGCAACUGCAUCGGGCGUUGAACUUAGUUUACACCUUUUGUUCUACUCGAAAGCAUUUUGCAACGACCUUUGAGAAUAUCAAGUCUGCCGUAGAGGCUCAUAUCAAGCGACCAUUGCUCAUUGAAGACGUGGCUCAGGUCAAGGCUAUCGUUCCCAAGGCGAUCAACUUUGCUUAUGUGAAUGAAGACAUGCUGCAAGUUACAAUUAUGGGCGAGGAGGAUGGGGUAAGAGGUGGCAGGGCGGAGCACUUCAGAUCUUUGGCUGAGGACGAGAGUGGACCGAAAGAGAAAGACAAGGGCGAAAUCAAAGAAUUGCUGCUGUUCGAAUUCAUUGAUGGGGAUCUGAAGAGGCAAGUCGCUGAUCCGAAGACCGGACAACCCGUCAACGCCUUUCAACAUCUCCGUCGCGAAGAUUUAAAGCUGCCAGUGUAUAGUCAGAAGCAGAUGCUCAAAUUGAUAGAGAAGCGCAAUACAAAGUUCACAUCUGCCAUCAAUGCUUUCUUGAACUCUAGUGCUGCUGCAGCCAUCGACCCAGUCAUCAACCUCCAGACCGAAGCGGGCAAUUACAUACCCAUACCGACCCAGAGGAGAAGUAACACUCCGGGACCUAACCGGCAUGGUAACCCGCCGAAAAAGAUCCCUACCGAAAGGAAAAGCAUUCCCGAGAUUGUGAAAGAGAUUACUGAGAUGGAAUGGUACACGCACCAAAUCGUCCCUGACGGCCAUCGCGUGUUUGACCCUCAGCCACCCAUUUAUGCUGAGCUCAACUUUGCGUUGUCUCAGAAUCUUGUUAAUGCUCUUUAUAACACUCGGAACAUAACUCAGCUCUAUUCGCACCAAGCGGAGGCGAUUAACAACCUACAUGAGGGGCACAAUGUCAUUGUCUCUACAUCUACUAGCUCUGGCAAGUCUCUGAUCUAUCAGAUACCGAUGCUUCAUGAGCUUGAAAAGGAUCCUGAAAGCCGUGGUAUGUACAUUUUCCCCACCAAGGCGCUUGCGCAGGAUCAACGUCGCAGCAUGAAGGAAAUGCUAAGUUUCAUCCCUGGAUUCGAACAGGUCCUUGUGGAAACGUUUGACGGUGACACGCCCAUGCCGGCCAGACAUGAGAUCCGUGAGAACGCGAGGAUUAUCUUCACCAACCCAGACAUGCUCCACAUUACCAUCCUCCCACAAGAGAAUAACUGGAGGACGUUCUUGAAGAACCUGAAGUUCGUGGUGGUGGACGAGCUACAUGUCUAUAAUGGCCUCUUUGGUGCCCACGUAGCCUUCAUCAUGCGUCGACUCCGCAGAAUAUGCGCAGCGGUGGGCAACCGCAGGGUCAAAUUCAUAUCAUGCUCUGCCACGGUCGCCAACCCCGAGGAACAUAUGAAGACAAUCUUUGGUGUGGACAAAGUCCGGCUCACUGAUUUCGAUGGCUCACCAUCUGGACGUAAGGAAUUCAUUUGCUGGAACACGCCCUACAAAGACCCGAACGAUCCAUCCUCCGGCCGAGGCGACACUUUUGCAGAGACAGCUCGCCUCUUCUGCCAGCUCAUCCUCCGUGGUGUGCGAACGAUAUGUUUCGUUCGUAUUCGCAAACAAGCGGAAGUGCUUCUCGGGGCCGUCAAAGCCGAGUUCAAUGCUCUCGAACGAUCGGAAUGUACAGCACUUGUCAUGGGUUACCGCGGUGGCUACUCAGCUCAGGACCGCCGCAGGAUCGAGUCCGAAAUGUUUGGCGGCAAGCUCAUGGGCAUCAUCGCCACUACCGCCCUUGAGCUCGGCGUUGAUAUUGGCUCUCUGGACGCCGUCAUCACCAUGGGCUUCCCUUACACGAUUGCCAACCUUCGCCAACAGUCCGGCCGCGCUGGCCGCCGAAACAAAGACUCGCUCUCGGUUCUUGUCGGUGAUUGCUUCGCCACAGACCAAUAUUACAUGCAGAACCCAGAUGAGAUCUUCACCAAACCUAACUGCGAACUUCAAGUUGACCUCACCAACGAGCUGGUACUUGAAGGCCACGUCCAAUGCGCAGCUUACGAAAUGCCCAUCCGUGCUGCAGAAGACGCGAAGUACUUCGGCAAGCUCCUUCCGGAAGUCGCAGAGACCCGCCUGCUCCAUGAUCCAAGCAUCGACGACUUCUAUCACUGCCACGAGCGCUUUCGGCCCCUACCAAGCAAACACGUCAGCAUACGCGAUACCGAAGACGGCCACUUCGCAGUUGUCGACAUCACUCACGGCCGCAAUGUCGUCCUCGAGGAAGUCGAGCCCUCCCGAGCCUUCUUCACCAUCUACGAAGGCGGUAUCUUCCUCCACCAAGGCCGUACCUACCUCGUCAAGGAGUUCAGUCCCGAUUCACGCAUCGCCAAAGUCACACUCGUCAAGGUAGACUGGACCACACAACAACGUGACUACACAGACAUCGACCCUAUUGAAACCGAGGCCAUCCGCCGCGUCAGCAAAGGAAGUAUGUCGCGCGCCUAUUUCGGUCGCAUCAAAGUCCACGCCGUAGUCUUCGGCUUCUUCAAACUCGACCAAAAGCGGCGGAUCCUGGAUGCCGUUGCCGUGGAUAAUCCGCCCAUCGACAUCUUCUCCAAGGGCAUGUGGCUUGAUAUUCCGCGAUCUGCGCUGGAGAUCUUGAAAUCGAGACGGUUGAAUCUUGCGGCUGGCAUUCAUGCCGCGGAACAUGCUAUCUUGAGCUUGAUGCCGCAAUUUGUGAUCAGCAUGCCUGGUGAUGUGAGAACGGAGUGUAAGAAUGCGAUCAAGGAGUUUGCGAAGAAGGAGACACAGCGGAAGAGGCCAGCUCGACUUACGUUUUAUGAUGCCAAGGGCGGGGCGGGAGGGUCUGGGAUCGCGGCGAAGGCGUUUGAGUUCAUUGAUCUAUUGCUUGUGAGGGCGGUGGAGAGGGUGGGGGCCUGUCACUGUUUGCAAGGGUGUGUGGAGUGUGUGUGCGAUGAGAGGUGUAGGGAGGCGAAUCGCGUGAUGAGCAAAGCUGGAGCGGAGGUGAUCUUGAAGACCUUACUGGAGAUGGAAGUUGAUGUUGAUGCGCUACCUUGGGGCCCGGAUGAUGAGGAUGUACCCGCCGGGAUUGAGACGAUAGUGGAGGCAGUUGAGGUUACAGGGAGGAAUGGGAGGAAGUUGGCCGAGCAGGAGUUCGAUGAGGUGGGCAGGGUGAAGAAGGAAAAGAGUGAUGACGAGUGUAUUAUCAUCAAGGACGAACCGGGGGAUUGA